GAUUAAUUGUGUGGUGGUCUAUUGUAUGUCACGUUGAAAGGAUCAUUUUUGAACGGUGCACCACUUUUGGGUAAGCGCGAUUUGGAUAACCACACCAGCCAAAUCUCGUUGUAGACAUUCAACAUUAAUCAAAUUUUUAUCUGCUGGUGGGUAUGUGAUGGAAGAAAAAUCCUCUUCUGGUUCUGAUACUUCUUCAGAUUCAGAAAAUUCAAGCCCUGCACCAGUAAAAUUUUCGUUGCAUUUGCAUAGCAAACCCUAUGUCAAACCUAAAUCUUAUGAAAAAUCUGAGGAGAAUGUCCAAUACAUAACCGAAUUUGAUUAUAAGCCCCAGUCUCUCAAAACCAUUCCCAGGCUAAGUAAUUCACGACGCCUAUUUAUGGUCAACAAUUCCCACUUGAAUGCGAAAGCUCAGAGUUUCGAACUUCCGACUCAAAUAUUGCAAGAUAACUCAAUUAUGUCAGAGGAGGGUUUCUUGUCCAAGGAUGAGAUGGAAAAACAAAAACUGCGAGAAGAUAUAGAACUGUGUGCUGACGAAGCGUCGCUGGAAGCUUACGAGAGGAUGCCCGUAGAGGAAUUUGGAGAAGCCCUAUUGCGAGGGAUGGGAUGGUCAUAUGGAAAAGCAAUAGGGCUUAAUUGCAGGGAUCCAGGACUGCCUUAUCAAUACCCUAACAGGAGUGUUGCCAGACUGGGAUUUGGAGCCUCUCUUCCCCUUAAGAAUAGCACCUAACGAUUUAGGGUUUCAGGUGCUUUAAAAAAUGCUAUACCUUAACUAAACGUUUUAAGGCUGCAGCUAGAUAGUUUGUCUUGUUUUUCAAGAAUCAAAUCCUCAGAUAUUUUAUCAAAUCCUAACUCUAAACCCUUCAAAAGAUUUAUGAAGGUUUGUAUAAAUAUGCUAUUUAUUCAAGAGAUAUUUUUUUAUAUCUAAAAUUCUGUGAAAAUAUGCAAUAGAAAAAUUUAAAAACUAUUCGGACUA